AACCUGUCUUGCCAGCGGCAUGGACGUUUCCAUGACAUGAACACCGGGAGUGAGCCGACGAUCUCACCAUACACAGGCCAAAUUUGGUUUCGUGGAGUUGUGCUAGCAGUGACCGCGUUUCCAUGCUUUGUGCUUGUUUGGUGGUCUUGUCAGUGGCGACCGUUUGUUCACACAUCUUCACCUGCGAUAUUGCUUGAAACGGUGUCGCAAACGAAGUCCGACGAGUUUGUGAGCUUGGGUUUUGGAACUGUGUGCCGAUCUUCCGUUCAGGACUUUCGUACAGUGCCCGUGGAAGGAGAAGUACGCGGCGGCAUUUCAAAGGAAAAAUGCCAGCAUUUGUGCUCCACUGACCGAACAUGCGCAGGUUUCGAAUUUCGAAGAGGAGAACGGCGAUGUGAGAUAUGGCGACAAGAAAUAUUUGCCCAUCGCCACGUCUUCCACAACAGAACAGUUCCAGGUGCACCUGACUUUGAAUGCGUCUUGAAGCUGCCAAGCUGUCAAAGACUAAAGGCUCACAAAGCUCUUCAUGAUCAUGCAAUCAUGGACUUGGCUUUCUUUGUGACGGACUACUGCGAGUAUGGGCCGAUAAACCAAGACCUGGAUCCAUGCUCUCGAGUCUACGCAGAACAGAUGUAUGACAUCAAUCACCACCUUUGCAGACUAGUCACCAAAGAGUGCAAGUCAGCAACUUGCGAAUCGAACUCCGAAAUCAUCUAGUGAUCUACUCAAUCUGAGCCAUAAUUCGCCUUAGCCACAAAAAUAGUGGCCAUGCAGCAGCUUGCUGGAGUCGAGUUUCGUUUCAGAACGCUGC